AUGCCAAUAGUUAACGGAACACAUGUAAUAUCUAUGAAAAAUUAUACUUUAAUAAGUGAUGGAUACGGCGAAAAAGGAGUAAAAAAAACUUACGAAGAUGAAUUUUUUAUUUGUGAAAAUUUAAAAAACUUCAAUAAAAGUCUACAUCCUAAUUUUAAUUUCUCUUGCUUCUGCCUUAUUGAUGGGCACAAUGGCAAGAAUACUGCAAUAUUUUUAAAAAAAAAUCUGGCUCAAGAAUUAUCAAAUAGUUUUUUUUCUAUUCAAAAAACAUAUGAUGAUACUCUUCCUAUACCCGAUCACUUUAUAAAAAUUGGUGUUAAUAAUGCUUGUAAAAAAGUUGAUGAAAAUUUGUCUAUUGAGUAUCCUAAUUGCAGAGAUGGUGCAACUUGUGUUAUCAUUUUAAUAAAAGAUGAUUAUGCCUAUAUAAUAAACAUAGGAGACUCUUCUGCAUAUUUAUGUAGAUAUUUAAAUAAUGCUAAUCAAGCUAUAGAACUAGUAGAUAUUCAUAAGCCUUGGGUAUUAUCAGAAAAAGAGAGGAUAUUAAAAAAUGGAGGUGUAAUAGAAAAUGGAAGAAUAAAUGAUAUAAUAGAUGUAACUAGAUCUUUUGGAGAUUUAUCAUUAAAGAAAUAUGGCUUAUUAUGUACAGGAACAUUUAAAAAGUUUCAAAUAAAUUCAAAUGACAAUUUCAUAAUUUUGGGAACUGAUGGAUUUUUUGGUUUUGUAGAUGUUAAUCAUAUAAUUAAUGAGAUAAUAAAUUUAUCAAAAAAGGAAGAAAGGAUGGUAAACAUUGAAAAAAAAAAGACUAUAUUUGAUGCAAAAAAUAUUUGUAAAAUUAUGGUUGAACAUGCAAUUAUAGAUAAAAAAUCACAGGAUAAUGUAACUGUUAUUUUAAUAAAAUUUUUUCACAAAUAA